AUGGGCAGCAGCGACACCGUCGAGCCGGCGCAGCAGCAGCCGGAAGAGCAGGCCGUGGUGGCGGAGGAGCAGACCUUCAGCGUGCUGGUGGCGCCCCCCGCCCCCAAGGGCGGCCAGCCCGUGCGUCUCGAGAGCGUGAGCGCGUCGGACACGGUGGUGUCUCUGCGCCAGCUCAUCGCCGAGUUCCCGGCGCUCGCCUGCUACACGUGCUACCACCUGGAGGCCAAGAGCCUUGUGGACGGCGCCUGGCAGCCGCUCAACGACUUCGUGGAGCUCGCUGAGUACGAGGACGUGGCGGACGGCGCCACUCUGCGCAUGGUGCUGGACAAGUACGACGCCCGCAAGGUGCGCGCGCACGUGCGUCGCCUCCGUGACGUGCUGAGCAACCCGCCCAUCCCCCAGGCCACCGCGGAACCCGAGGCGCAGCCUGAAGCUGCCGCCGACGCCAACAACAAGGUCGAGGAGCCGGCCGAUGGCGAGGAGCUGGAUGAGAAGAAGCUCAAGGAAAUCUCUGAGCAGCAGCUCAAGCGUCUGCGCGAGAUCCACCACAAGCUCGAGGGCAUUGAGGUGCCCGUGAAGCCCGAGCUGGCCGAGUUCUACAACUUCCCGGGCGCCGCCUCCGCCGCGCCGGAGGAGCAGGCGGAGCAGACGCCCGGCAAGGGCAAGGACCAGAAGAAGAGCAAGAAGGGCAAGAAGAACCAGCCGAAGCAGAAGCAGCAACAGCAGAACGAUGCCAACCAGCAGAAGGAGCAGGAGCAGCAGCCGGACGCCAAGCUCCCUGCCUGCGUCAAGAGCAUCGUCUUCUCGGGCUACAACCCGCCCCCGGGACCCCGCAAACUGGCGGGCGAUCUGCUCUACCUCGAGGUGUCGGUCGUAGGCGACAACACGCGCUACCACAUCACGGCGCACGUCAACGGCUUCUUCGUCAACCGCUCGACUGCCGCCAAGUUCGACCCGCGCCCGCACAAGACCGCCGCGGCACACUCGCACCUGCUGCUGGAUGUGCUCAGCACCGUGUCGCCCAAGUUCCGCGAGUCGUACGCUGCUCUCCUCGCCAAGGCCGCGUCCCUGGCUAAGGAGGGCCCUUCCUCGAUCGAGUGGAUGGUGGCCGCUGGCUCCAACCUGGGCGGUAAGCUUCCCUGGAACACCCCCAUUGCUGCAGCAUCGGAGGAACACGCGUACGACCUUAACCGUGCCGAAGACGAGCUUUGUUCGUCGUUUGGUAUGGAUGAGCGCGGCGUGCUGCGUGACUGGAACGAGGAGUACCAAUGCUGCCGUGACUUGCCGACUGACUCGCUCAAGGAUGAGAUUGUUCGCGCUCGGGUCAUGUACAAGAUCGUGACGGAGUUUGUGGAGGCCGCGACGCAAGGCGCGGUGGCGAUUGUUGAAGGAAACAUUCCUCCUAUCAACCCCAUGGACGACAAGAGUGCGCAUGUGUACGUCUUCAACAACAUCUUCUUCUCGGUGUCCAUUGAUGGCAAGGCUACCAAGGAGGACGGCGGCGAGGAGAAUGCGUACUCGGCUGCCAACCGCGACCUGCAGGGUGUGAAGGCGUUCAAUGAAGUGGACGUGCGUGGCCUGCACACGCUGGCUACGACGGUUGUGGAUUACCUUGGUGUCCGUGUCAUUGCCCAGAGCCUGAUCCCGGGCAUCCUUCUGGGAGACGCGGCCUCCAAGCUUGUGUACGGAUCGGUGGACCACGGCAAGACUAUUGCUGCUAACAGCUCCAUGCACGAGCUUAUGCUGAAGGCUGGUGAAAAGCUUCACAUUGCGGAGCGCAGUAUCAUACCACUUGGCAAGAGCGACGAAGAACUGGCUGCCGAGAAGGAGCAGGAGAGUCUUGGUGUUACAGUGAGCGGGGGCGAAGCAAGCACCGAUGUGGCCACUAUCUGUGGUGCCGUUGAGGCCAAGGGCAUUCAGGGUUCCGACGGCCGCCAGUAUGUUUUGGAUCUCGUCCGCAUUACACCGAAGGACUGGACGUUUUACAAGAACCGUGAGGCUGCUAAGAAGAACACGGAGGAGAAGACUUCUGCGCCGGAAGACGAUGGUCUGUGCUUUGCUCGUGACGAUGAAGGUUAUGUGGCUCUGUUGCGCCCGGAACUGGUUCAGCUGUACUCGCUGUGGAAGCAGAACCAGGCCCGCCGCGCCAAGCGUGAGGCUCGUCUUGCAGCAAAGGAGGCUAAGGAAGCGGAAGCGGAGAAGGACAAGAAGGAGGGUGUAACUUCGGAGGCUGAUGCUGAAAAGAAGAGUGAUGACACGGUUGAGAAGAAGGAAAGCGAAGAGAGCGAGCAGGAAGAGGAGGAAGAGGUUCCUCCGGUGAAGUUGAACCCCAAUGUUUUCAUGGACUACGCGGCUUCAACCGACGCAGCACAGGUCGACGCUGACGAAGCUGCCGCAAAGGACGCCGCUGAGUACCUGCAGAGAAUUGUUGUUCCCGCAUUCGUGGCGGACGUGCGUCGCGGUGCCAUUGCCCCUGCUGAUGGCUAUGCGCUCACUGAGCUGAUGCACUCGUGCGGUAUCAACAUGCGUUACCUGGGCCGCCUGGCGUCACUUGCUAAGAAGCUGGAGGCCAUUAACGGUAUCUCUAAGUACUUGCUGGAGGUGCUUGAAGUGGAGAUGAUCUCGCGCGCAGCUAAGCACAUCCUGGCGGAUGUUUUGAGCUCAAACGACUCUAUCCGUGCCGCCCCGGGAUCUGCUAUCGUGAAGCUCCUGAACAGCAUUCUUGGAUCAAUUUCUGCUACGGUGGACAAGGAGGAGACUAAUGAUAGCGAUGCUACUGCGAUCACGACGGCCUCGUUGAACGCUAAGUCACUGCGGGCGCGCAUUGAUAAGGAGAUCAAGGCACGCUUUGACUACGAGUUGUCUCUUUGGGGCCCUGGCCGCGAAGUGGAGCAAAGCGAAAACUCUGCCCCUCUUGGUCGCGUGCACAAACCCGUCCUCCUUCGACGCUUGUGCCAGCGUCUGGGUCUGCGCGUGGCGAGCCGUAACUAUGACUUCUCGUCGUCGUGUGCCGCACCGAUCACCCUGGAUGACAUCACUGGCGUUGUGCCCGUCGUCAAGAGCUCUCUCCCUGCGCACCCGUUGGCGCAGGCCAAGCAGCUCCUUGAGCGUGGGCGCGUGCACUUGAGCCAAGGCGCGCUUUCGAGCUCGUACGAGUUCCUCCAGGAGGCGUCAUCGCUGCUUUUCCAGGUGUGUGGUGCUGCCCACGAGGAUGCAGCUCUGUGCAGCUCGUCACUUGCUACAGUGCUCUACCAUGCCGGCGACGUUGCUGGUGCUAUUGCUCAGCAGCAGCGCGCGUUGGCGCUGUACACGCAGCUACAGGGCACUGACUACCACGACACGGCCUUUGCGCACGCGAACUUAGCGUUGUUCCUGCACGCCAACGCCCAGACGGAACUGGCAGUGCCGCACAUUCGCCGUGCCAUUUACCUGCUGGAGUUCUGCUGCGGACCCCACUUCCCUGAGAUCAGCUCGCUCUACUUCAAGAUGGGCAUGAUGUGCCAGGACGUGGGGCAGAUUACGCUGGCGCUCAUGUGCCACCGCGAGUCUCUCCGCCGUGGUGAGUUUGACCGCAACCAGGCGGCAAACACGCUGCGUCAGAUGGCUCUGGCAUGUGGCUUGGCUGGCGGCUACCGCGAGGCGCUCGCGUACGAGAAGAAAGUGUACUCGCUCUACAAGGAAGCUUAUGGCGAUGAGGACCCCCGCGUGAUUGAGUCGGCGAAGUUCAUGGCCAAAUUCACGGAAAAGGCGGUGGAGGGCGCUAAAGGCCGUCGGGAAGUGGAUGCGGCGGCGGCGGCCGAUGCCAUCGCCAAAGAGCUCCUUGGAGAGCUCGAGUUCAAGGCCGAGGCGGAGCAUGAAGCCGUGUCGCUGCCUACGACCAAGAAGAAGAGCAAGAAGUCCAAGAGCGGCGGCAAAAAGCACUAA